AUGGCCCGCACCAAGCAGACCGCCCGCAAGUCCACUGGUGGCAAGGCUCCCCGCAAGCAGCUCGCCUCCAAGGCCGCUCGCAAGUCCGCGCCGUCAACCGGUGGUGUCAAGAAGCCUCACCGCUACAAGCCCGGUACCGUCGCUCUCCGUGAGAUCCGUCGCUACCAGAAGUCGACCGAGCUCCUCAUCCGCAAGCUGCCCUUCCAGCGUCUUGUCCGUGAGAUUGCUCAGGACUUCAAGUCGGAUCUCCGCUUCCAGUCCUCUGCCAUCGGCGCUCUCCAGGAGUCCGUCGAGGCCUACCUCGUCUCGCUCUUCGAGGACACCAACCUCUGCGCCAUCCACGCCAAGCGUGUCACCAUCCAGUCCAAGGACAUCCAGCUUGCUCGUCGUCUCCGUGGUGAGCGUGGUUAA